AUAACCUCUAAAUAUUCAAAAAAUCACCGAACUGCAACUGGAAAAAAUGUUAAAACGAGUAAGUAACAAAAUAAUACUUGAACACUUGAAAAAAUCACUGACACGAGAAUCGCAUGUCAGUAAUUACUUAAAUAGUGAUGUAAAAUUAUCAUACGCGUCGUAUGAUGCCUCAAAGUCUGAUAAACCACCAGUUAUAAUAAUGCACGGAUUAUUUGGCUCCAAGAAUAAUUGGAAUACACUUGCCAAGGCGAUAAACCAGCAGACUAAGAGGCAAGUGAUAACUGUUGAUGCUAGAAAUCAUGGCGAGUCUCCGCAUUCUAGUGAAAUGAACUACCCAGCGAUGGCUGGAGAUGUGAAAGCUUUGAUGAGAGAUUUGAAUUUUGAUAAAUCAGUCUGCAUUGGCCACAGCAUGGGAGGUGCUGUCAUGAUGCUGACGGCGUUGAAUUAUCCGGAGCUGAUAGACAAAUUGAUCGUCGUAGACAUGUCACCGGUAAAAACCAGCCCGAGUCUCUACGAGAUGACUGGAAUUAUUGGUGCAUUGAAAGCUAUUGAUUUCAAUAAUUACAAAACUCUGUCUGAAGCUAGGAAAGGUACCGAUCAACAACUAGCUAAAACUAUCGACGCACUGUCCUUGAGACAAUUUUUGGUGACCAAUGUCAUGGAAGUUACUCCUGGAGUCUACAAGUGGAGAGUUAACUUGGAUGUUAUUGCAGAUAAUUUUUCUAAUAACAUUGCUAGGUUUCCAGAGCUGGUUCCAAGUUUGAAGAACAAAGUUUUCGGUGGACAAACUUUGUUCAUCGCUGGUGGCAACAGUGAUUACGUCAAGCGAGAAGAUGAAGACAAGAUUAAAAAACUUUUUCCCAAGGUUGAUAUUAAGUAUGUUGAAGGUGCUGGUCACUGGGUACAAUCGGAAAAACCUGCAGAGUUUUUACAGUUAGCUUGUCAAUUUAUAAAUAAUUGAUUAUUGUACUAUAAUUAAAUUGAAUUUGUAAAUAAUUAAAUUAUUUAGUUAAUGAAUAAAUAAAAUUGAAAAAUAACUUUUUUUUUAUUUUAACAGUAUAAAAGUAUAUCAACAAUAUAAACUUAGUAACGAUUUGUAUAAAAAUAUUUAUAAGG